AUGUCUGCAGCUGUUCGCAUACAAUGUCGCUGUGCUCGCUGCAGUCUGGACCUGCUAGGAUUCAAGUAUCAGUCAAAGCAGGUCUGUGUGAAGCAUCUAAAGCUCUACGGGCCAUACACUUCAGUUCCGGAGAGCUCGCAAACCCCUAAUUCAGCCCCAUUGCAGCCUACAACACACCACAACAUCGCUGAAACUGGAUCCAGUAGUGAACCUCGGCAGGCAGAACAUCGGAUUCCAGAGGAUGCGCGUUUGCCUGAGCCUGUACUCACUCAUGACGACGGGGCUGUUCAUCCUGGCCCACAUGGUACUGAAGAUGACUUCGAGGGCUUUGACGACUUUCAGCCACAGGAUGUGGAACCGGACUCUCAGCCAUCUAGGAAUUCUUCUCGCUCGCCUUCUCCAUAUGUUGAUCCUCCACCUGCACCAGGGCUCGAACCCGAUGACUAUCACGAAGUGCUGCCACCAGACAUCGCCAUCCCAGGCUCAGAGCAUGACAAUGAUGACGACGAACCCUCUGUCAUUAUUCCGGCCUUUAGCGAAGAGUCCUACAUUCGGAUGGCCUAUCUUCAUGCCGUCAUGGGUAACACCUAUCAAAAUCUCACGUGGAAUGCCACAACCGAGCAGCUGAACAACACAUUGGACUGUCUGUCGGUCCAAGCAGGCCAGCUACCCCUCAGGCCUCAACCUGCACGCACUCUGGCAACUGCUAGACGACGCCUCGGCAUUGAUCCUGAUGCUUGGAUUAUUCAGUAUGCGAUUUGUCCGGUUUGCUGGAAGCACCAUACUCCGAGGGAACUGAAAGAGCUUGAGUCACCUGCCUGUACAGUUCUUGGUUGCUCCGGUUCACUUUAUCUUGAAUCACUCGACUCAAAGGGCAAAACUCGGCGGCAGGCAAUCAAAAUCAGUCCACAGGUGUCUAUUAUCGAGUCACUGCGAUGCAUGAUGAUGCGUCCUGGGUUCGCCAAGUCAUUGCGUGACUUUCGCAAUGAUCAGCCUGGGCACAAUCGCGAUGAAGACUUCGUGAUGGAGGACAUCUAUGACGGUGAUAUGCUCUUUAGGCUGACAACUGGGACAAUCAGAGAAAUUAACUCUGCCGGUACCGUUCGUGAUCGUCCUCGAGAAGACGGUCAAGAACCAGUGAAGCUUACAAGCCAUCGCUACGGACUAGCUCUUUCUAUGAACCUCGACUGGUUUGGCUUACUCUCUGGCCGUCCUCACUCGACUGGCCCAAUAUACCUCGCCCUCAAUAAUCUUCCGCGCGACCAACGGUAUCUUCAACUUAACGUAAUUUGCCUUGCAGUACUUCCAGGUCCAGGCGAGCCUAAUCAGCAACAGCUUAACCAUGCACUUGAGCCCGGUAUCAAGGAAAUGAUUGAACUACACAAAGGCAUUGAAAUGAGUGUGCACGAUGAUGACGCAGCCACGGUGUAUGCCGACUUCCUCUGUGAUAACUGCGACACGCCCGCGGCACGCAAGGUCAGCGGCACAGCAUCGCAUAACCACGAUUUUCAUCCUUGCUUGUACUGCGGGAUCAAUAUACUGGAUAUCAACAAGUCCAGUGGCUACGACAACAGUCGACCGGAGAAGGAUGACUACAAAUUGCUCAAGCAUGCAUUCUCCGCGAGAGAAGUGAGCAUUCGCCGGGAAAGUGCCAUAUUGCGUGACCAUGGCGUGCGCUGGAGCAUCAUGAAUCUGCUCGCAGGCUGGCUACCAUCCUCACAGACUGUCUUGGACUUCAUGCAUGCAGUCUUCUUAGGAAUUAUCGCACAUCUAUAUCUUGACCUUCUCUUCAAGGGUUACAUGUUCUCCGGUAUCGGAGGUGAUGAUUCCCCCAAACAGAAGUUUGAGGACAUGGUGAACUCAGUGCGAUGGCCGAGUCAUGUCACUCGGCUUCCAAAGAACCUUGGCGAGAAUCAAUCAUUGAAGAAGGCUGACGAAUGGCGCCGGCUUCUCACCAUCACGCCAAUCCUACUCUGGGUGUGCUGGAAAGACGAACAUGACCGCAUACCAAACGUCACCCCACCUAUUCCUCCAAAUGCGAAGACACGACCUACACAUUCUCGUAAUUGCAAGAGCAUCUACUUCACGAUUCUUCUUCUUUGCGCAGGCGUCCGUAUACUGGCCUCGCGCAAGAUCUCUAUGUCGCAGGCUCAAAUUGGUCAAGACUUCCUGACACAGUACAACUGCAAGAUGCAGGAGCUCGGUGUCGACCUUACAAUCAACAACCAUCUGUCGACUCACUUCGCAAAAUUCAUCAAAUUAUUUGGGCCUGUCUACGGUUGGUGGCUCUUUGCCUUUGAACGGUUUAAUGGAAUGUUUGAGCGAGUAAAUACUAACGGUCAUGACGGGGGACGCAUGGAGCUAACUCUCAUGCGGCACUGGGUACAGUGCCAUCUCAUCUACGAGUAUCUCCUGGCACUACCUCCUGAAGCUCAUUCGAAAGAACGCGAGUACGUCGAGAGAGUAAUCAAGUCAGAAGGGCGCAGUCAGCGAGGUGGAAUGAUGACGGAACUUGCCAUCUAUCGCAGUGAGGCUACAACAGAUCGCGUCAAACUCCCCCGUGUGCUUGGGAAGCCUAUCAAUCUUCGUGAAUUCCUGGCGCCUGGGGCUGGAGGAAUAUACCGCCUUGCUCUCAAGUACUCCCAACUGCUAUAUCCCGAACUCCAUCUCAUCGACGAUCUGUCGCUAGAGGAUGGAGUUGCUUUCAUUGCAUCUCGAGUCGCGCGACCCCUCACGUACAUUCGGAAAGAUGGGAUACGCUACGGAUCGACCUCUAACAAGCGCACAAAAGCUGAUCGAUACGUCUUCAUCAUAGAUCCUAGUGGAGAGUCAGGUGAGCGUGUACCUGUGGAGAUCGCAGCACUACUAGGCAUCAAGGUUGCAGAGAAAUCGCCGCAUGUAUGCGCUGUCAUCCGCCGCAUGGUCUCUGACGAGAAUAUUCCAACAUUCCCAUGGCAAACUUACUCCAAUUUGCUAGGAAUUCACGUCUCGUACGCCAAUCGCCUCGGACCUUACGAAAUUGUGCCUGCUACGGCCCUCGAUGCUCCUCUCGCCUUGAUCCCAGUCCGAUCUGAACGUUUGGCACAAGAACUAUGGGUCUCAGUUUCAUUCGACCAUACGGGAAAUGAGCCUGAAGAGCUUCUCGACGACGAAGAUGAUUAG